AUGGGCCACAUGGAGAUGGCUCAGAAUACUGAUGACUCCACGUACUACCUUCUGCAUCAUUCAGUGUUCAAAUCCAACAGCUUGACGUAAAAAUUACAUUACUGUUCUAAAUUUAAAGUAGUUCCGCUAAAAGCCAGUACGAUUCCACGAUUGAAACUUUGCAAAGCACUUCUUUUGGUAGAGUUGGUUUCCAGAGAAAUAGAACGUGUCAGCAUUCAUUGUGAUCCCAGUAAUGUCAUCCUAUGGUCUAAUUCGGCCAUUGUCAUGUCUUGGAUCAAUAGUAACAAACCACUAAAGUCAUCCAACAGAAUAGCACAAAUAUUGGACUUAACUCGGCCCUCGCAAUGGCGUCAUAUACCAACAACUAGCAACUCUGUUGAUGUUAUUUUGCGUGGAUGCUCAGCUGAAUCACUGUUGUCGAACGAACUUUGGUAG